ACGGAGCAGCUACACACGCACACGCACACGCACACGCACACACACAGACACACGCAAAUUGCCCCAGGUCGCCGUGAAGACUCGGGCGCGAGCCUCCGCCUGGCCGCGCCCAGGACACCCUGCCCUCCACGCCUCCCCUCCGGGAAGGGGCUGCCGGGAGGUGGGUGCACAGGGGCCACGAGAGAAGAGAGGAGCUGCCGGGCCCCGACCGCCACGAUGCGGCAGGCGAGAGGCGUGGCAGAGCGGCCGCGGCAGGUCCGAGGGCAGCGGCCUCUUCUGGCCCCCGCGGAGAGAGCCAGUGAGACAGACAGAUUAUUGAACGCCUCGAUACACACAUACGCCGAGGGGUUCGCGAGAGCUCCGCCCGGGUGCGAUGGCCGGCGGCGACAUGUCCCAGCGCGGGGGGGCGCCCGCUGCAGCACCGCGGCGCGCAGCGAGGGCCCCCUGGCCAGGGAGGGCGCACCUGCCGCUCGGGCGGCGGCGGCCUAACUGGAGGACGUUGACACGGCACAAUAUUUCCUCGAAGGCCCCGAGGCAGAACGUGACCACUUGCAGCCUCCGGGCUGACCUCGCGCAACGUGUGGCCGCCACGCGCUGUCUGAUUCUCUCCGCUAGGGCCGUCAUUCCAGGUGCCGGGAUGCGACGGGCGGCGAACGUAGCCUGUAUCCACGCCCUGGACGCCAGGGGGCGCGAUCCCGCGGAUACGCGGUCGCACGGGUGCGCCCCUGCGCGGGAGCAUGCGCGAGAAGACGCCCCGUGCCCGCGCCGUGUCGCGGCCCAGGGGCCCCGCCCGCGAGGCCGUGGAUACGGGUAUGUUGACAUGUCUUUCGCCCAGGAGUGGAAGCCCACGCCGUCGGAGCUCCGUGGUGAAGAUGGCUCGACGCCAGCGGGCGCUGCCACCGGGCCCGCAGCAGCUGCUGUCCGUGCCAAUGUCUGCCGCCCUCGAGCGGCGGCCCCGCGUGCGCGGGUCGCCCUGGGGCGGUGUGUGCUGCCGAGAGGGCCGGAGGGCAGGGAGAGGCCGGACAGAGACAAGGGAAGAAGAUGAGGGGAGGAGAGAAGCCGAGUCGUCAAAAGGCACCCUCUCAAGCGCGCAACCGCCAUCUCUGGCGACGUCCAGGUCCGAUGGAGCUG